UUGUCAAUUAUAAAUAUGAUGGAAGAAGAUUGGAUGGCAUUCAAGCUGGAUAGAGAAAGAGAUGUGAUGAUAAAACAAGCACGAACAGCGCGAUUAAUUAUGAUGAUUGAAUAUGUUUUCAUUAUAAUGGGGUUCCUCACAUUAAUUGUUCUUCCUUGUUUCGGCAUGCAAGUAACAUACGUAACAAAUUCCACGGAUCGACGAAAAUUUUUACCGUUGGCAACGUACCAUUUCUACGACAUAAAUAAGAGUCCACAAUUUGAGUUGACAUUUUUCAUUCAUACCAUAACGACCUUGUUAUUAACUAUCAUUUACAUAUCCGUAGAUAUUCUUCUAGUACUAAUGAUUUUUCACAUUUGUGGUCAGUUAGAAAACUUUAGAUGUCGAUUAAUUAAUUUGAUCUCAUGCAAAAAUUUUAAUAAAGUUUUAAACAACAUUGUAGCGACCCAUCUACGUCUUAUCAGGUAUGAAUUUUUAACAAUAGAACUUUUAACAGAAUUCCUUCAGAAAUUUUAUUAA